AUGUCGUUGGAGCCGCCCACCUACCUCAGCUCGCUGCAGAAUAAUAUCCGCGCUCGGCCAAUUCCGUGGGAGGGCGCUGUCCGCGCGGGCAACAUCACCGAUGACCACCUCAAGAAGAUCAAGGCUGUGGACAAGGUGCGCAAGGAGCAGCGCAUUCAAACAAUAGAAGCAGAUCUACCUGGGUACACAAGCCUUCUCGCUGGUGGUUCCCACGGCAAGAGUGUUUUGGAGUCGGCCUCUCGGAGGACCGAUAUUGUGCAAUACAUCUUGGUGCUGGCAUCGGACUUGAUUCAGGAUGUCCCAUCGCUCGCCGACUCCCUCAUCUCGCACCCUGAACCUUACAAGCCUUUCUUGCCGUUCCUGCACCACUCCACGAACGCUGAAGAUCCCAUCCCGCUGCUCACAUCCACCUUCCUCACGGCACUCGUGUCGCACAGUCUCGUCUCCACCUCUAAACCCGCUCCUCGCGAUGAUGAAGCUCUCCCACAGCUGUAUACCUAUCUCUCUACCUUGACCAAGAAUCACGAUAGUGGACUUCAGGAUAUUGGUGUCCAGGGAUUUUCAGAGCUCCUCAGAAAGACUCGCUCGCGCGAGAUCUUCUGGAACCACCGCAAGGAGACAUUGGACCCCCUGAUCGAUACUCUUCGUGCUGCCGCUGGAGUGAAGGAGAAUGGUGGCACUUCUGGAAGCAGCACACGUGGCAUUGAGCCUGGACUUGCCGGCGGGGUUGGCCUCCAGCUGCUCUACCGAGUGCUACUUGUCAUCUGGCAGCUUGCAUUUGAGAGUGCACUUGUGGGUGAAGAGCUGCAAGAGAACUAUGAGAUCAUUCAACUCUACACCCAACUUCUCCGUCUCUCGCCUAAAGAGAAGACCACUCGCCUGCUUCUUUCAACCCUCUACAACCUUUGCUCGAGCAACCGUACGACCUUGCUUCCCGUGGCUGUUUUUGUUCGCCUGCCUGCACUCCUGACCAACCUGACUGGUCGCCACCUGACCGACCCCGACCUUCUUGAAGAUUUGAACGCUCUGUCUUCCAUGCUGGAAGAGUACACCAAGACCCAGACCACAUUUGACGAAUAUGCUGCGGAGGUCCAGACUGGCCACUUGCGCUGGUCGCCCCCUCACAGGAACCCUACCUUCUGGAAGGAAAAUGCUCGCCGGAUCUUGGAUGAGUCCAACGGUGCGUUGCCGAAGAAGCUUGCGGAAAUCUUGUCGAAGAGCUGGGACAAUGAUAAGCAGGUUCUAGCCAUUGCUUGUAACGACGUGGGGCAUCUCGUGAAGGAACUUCCCGAGCGCCGCAUGCAACUAGAGCGGAUCGGCUUGAAGACGCGAGUGAUGGAACUGAUGGCCGACAAGGAUGAGACAGUACGAUGGGAGAGUUUGCGGGCUGUGGGAGAGUGGCUUCGGUACACCUUCGAUCAAUGA